GAAACAUUCCUCCCAUUUGGCCCUACGUUGGACCAACCCAGACACCCAGAACCGCAAAUCGCAGCUCCGACCCCCUGUUAGGCUGGUUGGGGAGCCCCGCCAAAAGCUUUCUAAACAGCAGCAGGUCCCGUACCUGGAACUCAGCGGGUUGCGGUCACUGAGCGGCGCCAGCCACUGCGGCACUACGACAUCCCACUUUCCCAUAAAGACAGGUCCAAGACAGCUCAGCACACGCGGGCCCUUUUUCUCGAGACCCCGCCUGCAUGCCGUAUCUUUUGGGAGAAACUUAGACACAACAUACAUCCACACACCAACGCACCCUCUAAGCUCCUAUCCUUUCGUCUCUUGUAUUCUCGAAGCCAUUCACAGUUCUGACGGAAGCCACCUCGAGCUACCAUAACGCCUACCACCUAACAGAACUCAACCCCCCCCGAAGCGACAAUGGCGGCCCAGACCCCAACAUCAGCUCAAGCCCAGGCUAACCAGGGCAGCUGGGGAGCUUUUCUCAAGUCCAUCGCCUCUUUCAACGGCGAUCUCUCUUCUCUGACGGCCCCGCCCUUCAUCCUCUCCAGCACCUCCCUGACCGAAUUCUCCUCCUACUGGUGCGAGCACCCCUCCAUCUUCGCCGCCCCCGCAAAGGAGGCAGACCCGGCCAAACGCGCCCUGCUCGUCACAAAGUGGUUCAUUAGCACCCUCAAGCAGCAGUACGCCUCUCGCAGCGAGCAGUACGGUAACGAGAAGAAGCCUCUCAACCCCUUCCUUGGCGAGCUGUUCCUCGGGAGGUGGGAGGAUGACGCUGGGACGACGGAGCUCAUCAGUGAGCAGGUUAGCCACCACCCGCCCGCGACAGCCUACUCCAUCACCAACCUCCCAACAGGCGUCCACCUCGAGGGCUAUAACGCACAAAAGGCAACUUUCAAAAGCACAAUCAACAUCAAGCAGAUUGGCCACGCAGUCCUGACCGUCCCAACCCCAGACGGCAAGAAAGAGACCUACCUCAUCACCCUUCCCGCCCUCCACAUCGAAGGCCUCAUCUUCGGCGCCCCCUUCAUCGAGCUCGAGGGCACCUCCUUCAUCACGUCCUCCACAGGCUACACCUCCAAGAUCGACUACUCAGGCAAGGGCUGGCUCUCGGGCAAAAAGAACAGCGUCAUCGCCUCCGUCUACCCGACAGGCAAGGAGAAGGAUGUGACCUACAAUAUUACGGGCGUUUGGACAAAGUCUUUUGAAAUCCACGAGGGCUCCGCGAAGCACAACUCCUCAAAGACCCUCAUCGACACCUACGAUGCGGCUCAGCACCCCAUCUCCAAGCUCGUUGUCGCGCCCCUUGACAAGCAGCACCCCCUCGAGUCCCGCCGCGCCUGGAAGGGCGUCGCCGACGGCAUUGCAAAGGGCGACAUGGACCUCGUUAGCCGCGAAAAGAGCGCCAUUGAAAAGGCACAGCGCGAUCUCCGCGCAAAGGAGAAGACGGAGGGCCGCUCGUGGGACCGCAGGUACUUUACCGAUCGCGCGGGUGCCGGCGAUGCCGUGCUCGAGUCCCUCGGUGCCGCCGUUGGUCUGCCUGCUACGGGCGACGCGGACAAGACGGGCGGUCUGUGGCGAUAUGAUGCCGAGAAGGCAGAUAAGGUGCGCAGCCAGGCGCCGCUGAACGAGGCGGACCAGGCCAAGAUCGCGGGGGAGAUUCUGGGACAGCAAAAGUCAUCAUGAGCUACGAAGCACGACGAGAAGAGAGGAAAACAAUAAUGAGGACGGGCAUUCGAGAAACGGGGUCUUGCGGGCCUGGGUUAACUGGGUUGCAUGGUUUGGCCCGGGAAGGAAAUGGGAGGACAGUCUCGAUGAAAUGCGCCUUUGCUAGAGUUAGCGGCGGUGUCGAAAUACACUGCGUAGAGUACAAUUAAUCGAAUGGAGUGACGUUAUCUUUGCUGCGUAUCUAGCAUGCUUUUCCCUCCACAGAUGAGGACAAUUUAUGUAAUUUCCCCCUUCUCCAUAUGCUACGCUCGUCCCGGUAGCGCAGAUCGUUGA